AUCUAGUGGAGAAACGUUUCCUAAGGAAAUACAGAGUCCUUUUCCAUCUUAGAUUUCUUUUUUAUUUGAAGCUUAAAGCUCAAAGUUCAUGGUUUCAUUAAAAGAAGCCUCAAAUCCCAAAGGUGAGAUAGCUGUCACCUGGAGCCUCUGUAUGUUGUUCCACCCUUGGCUGGAAACAGUCACCUGGGAAUCAUUCCAGCAGGUGGCUUCCAAAGUCCAACCUGCUAGGUUGAAAUCUGACACUGACAGAGACUCCCUGGGAGCUGCCACCGAAAGCUGAACCAGGAACCAGGAAAUGCGCAAGCCUCUUUAUGUCGGAAAAACAGCUGUGCUCCUUGGGAGACCAUACGCCAUGGGAAACCAGCUCUGCUGCAGAGGAAGCUGGAGCUGUCCUUCAACUUUCCAGAAGAAAAAGAAAACAGGGAACCAAGCAAGACGCACAUUGAAGCAGCAGCAACAGCUGCAGCAGAAUUGCACAAAGGACCAUGAAACAAGAGGACAUAUGUAUGAGCAGGUGUUACAGCAGCCCAUCUCUCAAAAGAGGAGUCAAGACCUCACGUUGGAAGAGAGCAACUUACAUUAUGCAGACAUUCAAGUGUGUAGUCUUACCCAGCCACGCUCUGCCAGUGAGGUGAAACACUGGUAUUUAGAAAAUGCUACAGAGUAUGCCACCCUUUGCUUCCCCCAGGCCACAACUCGAUAUGACAGCAAGAAUGGGACUCUGGUGUGAGCCUCCAGAGGAAGGACAUUUUCCAUCAUUUUGCCACUACUCCUGUGGGGAGAAUCCACUGCUUUGGGGAAUUGGGUGGCCCAGAGAUGUUGGCCACCCUUUAAUCUUAAAGAGUUCUAGAGCCCUUUGGAAUUGUGGAUGUCUCCAGCCUGUCUCCUAGGCUUAUUUGCCAUCGUUAGUUGUGGUUGGGUUAGUUACGGGUGGAAGAGUUCAACAAAAAAAGGUUAAGUGGACUGUGCAGAAAGGUAGGUCUUUUGACCCCUAACAUUAUUCGGGCUCUGAAGUGCAGAAAGAACAGGUUAUAGUUCAUGAUAAGCUGAUCAUGUAAAGUUUUAUUUAAUGGUAUCUCUUUUACACACCUUAAACUCCAAAGUUGAAGAGGAGAUGCUCUGGAAAACCAUUCUGAACUUUUGCACACAGCCUCCAGGGUUGGCUUGGGCAGUUCCCUCAGUGGCGGGGUCAACGGUUCCACACCUAGGAAGGCUAAUGGGGGCAUGGGGGCACGGAGGACGCUUUCUCCAACCACUGACCACUGAGAACUUCAGGUCACCAAACAUCUUGGAGAAACCCGGAAACUCCUCUUGGCUGAACUGGUAGCUAUUGCCCCGUGGAGCCGCUAAAUGAAUAAAUGGCGUGAGG